CUGGGAGAUGUAGUUCCUUGCCUGCUCCAGAGCCGGCUCUGCAAGCAAGGAACUGGCCAAGGAACUACAACUCCCGGGGUUCCUGGGGAUCUCGGCUCCUGGAGUCCCGGGCAGGAUCCCUGCGGCCCGAGGGUGAGGCUCAAGUAUAUAUGAGUGCUGUACUAAAGGAUUCUACAGCGUGUGAAGGUGAAGACGCAAGGGCUGUAUAAACUGAAUCACCGGCGAGGGAUAACUGUUGGAAGCCAUGAGAUGGCUGCAAAACCCAAGAAAGGUUUAAAAGGUUCCAUCCAGGACAUGCUCAGUGACCUCCUGGGAGAUGAUGAUGAAACCCCCAUUAAAUCCAACAAGCCUUCCCAGCACUCUGGGGGCAGUGGAAGGAGACCCAGGGACGUCAUCUCCAAAGCCAGCAAAAACUCCGUUUUGGAGGAUGGUGUCUUCAGCAAGAUGGCUGCAGAGGAAGGUGCAGGAGCAGAGGGAUCCGACCUCUCAGAUGUAGACCCACAAGCUUUGCUGGAGACCCUGAAGGAAAUGGAUGACAUGGAAGCUGAUCUCCUAGGCAUAAAGAAGUCUAGUUCUGGGGCUGGGAGGACAAUGGCAAAGGGUUCCGAGAAACUUGACUCCUCAAGUGAUCUGGCAAAAACUACAGGGAAGCUAACGACUGUUGAGAAAGGAGAGUCUGCCACUGGAAUUGAAAAGAAACCUCUCUCCACUCCCACCACCCCCCAGCGGCAGUACAAGAAGUUUUCCUUUGAAGAUUUAGAUGAUCCUUUGGCAGGGCUUUUAUCAGAUGAGGAGGAAGAUGCUGCUAAGAAGUUACCUCCAACAGGCACCAAAAGUAGCCCUGAAAGACAUACUGGACCAGCCAAAGGGAUCUCUCUCUCCUCGGCUCCUGGCCAUGCUCCCGUGCGGAGGAGGGAGGAGCUGACAUUUGAAGAUGAUGGGGAUGACCUGAUGGACGCGCUGGGGUUUGGCGAGAGUCCGAGGGGAGAGCUGAAGCAGGAGAGGAAAGGAGAAGAGGAAGAGCCCCGCCCUGCCCGCUCCAAGCUGGAGGAGUUGUUGGGCAAUGGGACUGCAGCCAAACUCCUGGAGAGACCGAUCACGGGAGAACGCAAGGAGUUCAAACUGGAUACAAAAUACCAACAGCAUCCUGAUAAGGAAACCCUUUGGGGCGAUGAGGAUUUCACCUUCGGGGCCUACCAGCCCACCCUGGCCUCCACACCCGAGGGCCGGCAGUCAAGACGACAGUCUGUCAGGUUUUCAGCCGAGAAUAUCCAUGAACUGAACAUGGACCAAAGGUCCAAACCAACCACUCCAGCCACCACGAGCCCCAUGCGAGGCAGUAAGACCGGCGCUGACUGGCUGGGCUUGAAAGACGAGGACUUUAUCGAUUUGGACCCUCCAUCUCCAGCCAAGGACGCCGCCAAAGGUAGUUCUGCGGCAGCCCCUUUGAACACGCCAUCCAGGUCCUCCGCCACCAAGCAGCCCAGCCCAGCCAGCCAGCUCCUUCCUGGGACAAAGUCAGCUGCAGAGGAAGCAGCAGCGAAACCCAGACCACAGGAGGAGGAGGAGGAGGAUAGCUGGCUGAACGACGCCUUGUCUCGAAAGAAAUCCCAGUUGCAGGGGAAGGUCAAGGAGAAAAGGGCUGGGCCCUCGGGCUCCCUGAGACAGGAUGACGAGGUGGACACCGUUACUGUUACCAGCCAGCCAGCUCCCUCUGUGAGAGAACCUCAGUGGUCUGCUAUCCCAGAAGAUAAGUCCACCAGGAUGGAAGACUCCGGGUAUCCCGUUCCAUGGCUAACCACUCAGAAACAAGCCUCAUCUCUUACAUCUGAGUCCAGGAAAGGGGCACCUCCUGGAGACACCAGUAACGCAGCUUCUCUCCAAGGACAUCCAGAGGGUCUGGGGUUUCCCACACUAACUCAGGUUGCCAUGUCUGCAGCUCCUCUCCAGCAGGUUCUAUUGCCGCAGCAGCUCCUGCAGGCCGAGCCCCUGGCCCUGAGCUUGCUGAAUGCCAGUGAGUACGAGAAGAGGCUGGUGGCUUUGCAGGCACAGCUGAGGGAGAAUGCAGCAGGGCACCAGGCAGAGCUGCUGAGUGCCCAGACUCGCCUCGCCGAGCUGGAGAGCCAGGUGCGGAAGCUGGAGCUGGAGAGGAAUCAGCAGAAGCUGCUCCUGGAGAGUCUGCAGCAGCGUCAUCAGGAAGACGUGGAGCUCAUUGAAAAUGCACACAGGAGCCGUGUGAAGGUGAUGGAGGAAUCUUCCCGGCAGCGCGAGGCGAGGCUGCGCCAGGAGAACGAGGAACUGGCAGCGCAGUACCUGUCCCACUGCCAAAGCGCAGAGCAGACCAAGUCGGAGCUCCUGGCACAGCAGCAGCGCAGGCUGGCAGAGCUGGAGCAGGAGAAGGUCCAGGAGGUGGAGAGGCUGCGGGAGCUGCAGCGGGCGUCCAUUCUGGAGAUGCGCAAAGACCACGAAGAGCAGCUACAGAGGUUGAAACGACUGAAAGAUCAGGAGAUUGACGCGGUAACCAGUGCUACCUCCCAUACCAGGUCUCUGAACGGCGUCAUUGAGCAGAUGGAGAAGUUUUCCAGUAACCUGAGUGACCUCUCCUAUAAGGUGGAGGCUACUCACCACAACACAUCGCAGGAGCUUGAGAUUGGAGCCCGUCAGCGGGACGAACAGCUCAGGGUGCUGCAGGACAGACUGACACGACAGCAGAGGGACAUGGAGGAGGAGCGGAGCCGGCUGCAGGAGGUCAUCGCUAAAAUGGAGGCCAGGCUGAGUGAGCAAACUCGUCUCCUUGAGCAGGAACGCUGGAGGGUGACAGCAGAACAAUCCAAAGUGGAAUCUCUACAGCGCUCGCUAGAGGAGCAGCGGAGGGUGAUGACCCAGCAGCUGACCAUGGAGAGGGAAGAGCUGGAGCGGGCAAAGAAUGUCUUGCUGGAGGAGCAGAAGUCGGUCAUGCAGAAGUGCGCGGAGGAGCGUCGAAAGCUCGCCAUGGAGUGGUCGGAGUUCCACACCCAGCAGAAGCUGAGCAAGGAGCGGACAGAGCGUGAUGUCGACCGCGCCCUGCAGAUAGACUCCCAGAGGGAAGGGGCCAUCAUGACCCUGGCAAAGGAACAAGCGGAUCUGAAAAUCAAGGCCAGUGAGCUGAGGGCUAAGGAGGAGCAGCUGGCUAGAGAAAGGGAAUCUGUGGAGCAAGAGAGGCAGGAGCUGAGGCUCGAGAAGGAAAGGGUUAAUGCGGCCGCUUUGCACGUCAAACGGAGGGCAGAGGAGAUUGACAGCAUGAGCAAGCUGUCCUCACAGAAGUACGAGGAGGGAGAGAGAGCCCUGCUAGAGGCGAAGAAGGUGGAGUCAGAACAUCAGACGAGGCUGUGUACCGUGCAGCAGCGGCUGGAACGGCUGAGGCAGCAGGAGCAGCACCUGCACCAGGAGCGCCAGAACCUGGCUCAUCAAAGGAGACAGCUUGAACAGCUGCGAGAGGAGCUUCCAAACAGCCCGGUGCAGUUCCUGACCAAGCCCUGGGUGCCACACCCAGGUGCUCAAACCAAGGGCCUCUCCACCACGCACUCUGCUCUCUGCAAGCGGGCAGCCCCUCUAGGACCAAUGCCUAAUGAAGACAUAGAUGUCAGCAACUUGGAGACAUUGGAGAAAUACCGCUGCUUCGCUCGCUAUUUCAAAGUGGCUGAAAAGGAAAGUAAGAAGACUCCCUGGUGGCAAACGUACAGGAAGCAUGUCACACCAGAGCAAGAUGAAGAGGCAAAGAUAGACAUUGGCCUGCCUUACUACAGACCAUCACGGGCAAAGCAACUGAAGGAGAGAAAAGAGAUAUUGAAACAGAACCGCCAGAGCGUGGAAAUGGAAAGAGCAUCCCGCCUCAAGACGUUGGUGAUUCCACUUGACGAAGUCAAGGCAGAGUGGGAGAAAACCAAUGGCCUGUUGCAUAAGCAGCGUGUCGCCGAGCACUACGGGAUAUACCGCGAUAUGUUUAAUGAAGCCACGUUCGUCCCCAGAGUGGUUCUGCGGAUAGAAUACAACCUAGAUGAUGAGCAUGUCAUGCCAGUAUAUCAUGGGAACUUUGUGACACCCACCGAGGCUUCCAGUUCCCCAGAAGUGAUAUAUGAGGCAGAUGAAGGCUCCCUGUGGACUUUGCUGCUCACUAAUCUGGAUGGACACCUGCGAGACGCUGAUUCUGAGUACAUCCACUGGCUGGUGACCAACAUUCCAGGCAACAACGUAGAUUCGGGGACAGAGAUUUGCCAUUACUUCCCCCCAUUCCCUGCCAAGGGAACUGGCUACCACCGCUUCGUCUUCCUCCUCUUCAAGCAGGACCGACCAAUCGAUUUCACUGAAGAUGUUCGGCCGACCCCAUGCCACAGUCUCAAGAUGAGAACCUUCAAGACGUUUGACUUCUACAAGAAGCACCAGAACGAUAUGACCCCAGCUGGGCUGGCAUUUUUCCAGUGCCAAUGGGAUGAUUCCGUUACUCACGUCUUUCACAACCAUCUCAACAUGAAGGAGCCAGUGUUUGAGUUUGUGCGGCCCCCUGUGUAUCACCCCCCUCAGAAGAAGUUUCCACACCUGCAGCCUCUGAGGUACCUGGAUAGGUACAGGGACAGCCACGAGCCCACGUAUGGCAUUUACUAAGGAGUUUGCCACCUCUCCAGGAGCUCCAGGCCAUUGGGGCAGGAAUACUCUACCUUCUCCAGAUGCGUCAAAUGACUGUGCUGUCUGGGAUGCUCCAUGUCUCUGGGAGAAGGGGAGUGUGGACUUUCGGAAUCACAGCAUGAUGUGAGCCAAGCUCGGUUUCAUUGACAAUACCGGAAAGGGUGUAACUGAGGUUCGCAGAUAUUUCUGCUAUUGGCAGUUACCUGGUCAAAAGCCUUGUUAAUAGAGGGUAUUUAUGGCCAUGAGAGCGUAUCCAUCUCCGCUCUGAAGGAGCCAGAUGCUAGUGGUAGCUGAAUGGCCCAGUGUCCUCCAAAGGCACCGUGUCUCACUUCACUGCAGGAGCCAGAGCUCUAAGCAUAGGUGGGCCAAGGCUGACUCGAUCUGGUUAGCCAGUUCAGAUCAUGUAUCUGUGCAGUGACAGAAAAAUACCCUCCUCUAAAUCCAACCCAGUGAUCUGUGCAGCCUGGCAGAGGCAGAACUGUCCAUCCGGUGCAUCAUUUCCUUCCCCUGCCAUGGACUUCCCAGUGCUGGGAUCCUGAGCAGCAUCCUUCAUAUGUUUGUACAGAUAUUUAAAAAAUCUGAAUAAACACUUUCCAAGCGAA